AUCCCCAUCAAACCACCAUCUAAAACAAUCAAUCCAUAGAUCACCGACAAACUUUCAUCACUCAGUGGUGGACCCACUUACUCCUAGUUGUUAAAACUAAGGAUAACAUAAAAACAGUAGCACACUCCCAUUCCCAUAACAUCUCUUUUUCUUUUUCAUUAUUUAUGAUAACUUUCACUUUGUCUCACUCUACACGCAUCGUCAUAUUCAUAUACAUAAAACAUUAAAACUCUCAACCAAAAUACAAAACCCUCCCCACACAAUCAAUCAACAAACAAACACUCUCAAAUAAUGUCAACAACAACAACAAAAAAAUCCACAACCUGUAACGGCGAGAUAGAAGAAGAGCUGAAGAACGCGUUGUCGUUCAAGCAAUUCGACGUCGUUUCAGACGACUCUGACCACCACUACCUCCACUCCCACAACAACAACAACAACAACAAAAAGGACGGUCGAGAUUGCAUCAUCGCACCAUCCAGUCAGGCCCACAAGAAGAUCGUUCAAGAGUGGCGAAUCCUCGAGAAAAACCUCCCAGAUUCGAUCCUCGUACGCGUGUACGAGAAUCGCGUCGAUCUCCUAAGAGCUGUAAUCGUAGGCGCCGCGGGUACACCGUACCACGAUGGACUCUACUUCUUCGACUUCUCUUUCCCACCCGAUUACCCGACCCGACCGCCCCAUGUCUACUACCGCUCUCACGGGCUGCGACUCAACCCGAAUAUGUACGCUAAUGGGAGAGUGUGUUUGUCACUGCUGAACACGUGGACUGGCAAGAAGAGCGAGAAGUGGAACCCGAAUGAGUCCACUGUGUUGCAAAUCUUGGUCUCGAUCCAAGCUUUGGUUCUGAAUGAAAAACCGUAUUUUAACGAACCGGGUCACUCGAUGUUGGGUCGGGCUAUAUGGGAAAAGAAGUCACAAGCUUAUAACGAGGAUGUUUUUUUGUUGUCGUGUAAGACAAUGUUGUUUUGGCUUCGAAGGCCACCGAGGAAUUUCGAGGUUUUCGUGGGCAACCAUUUUCGAGAUCGAGCUGAUUCGAUACUGAGAGCUUGUAUUGCUUAUAUGGAUGGUUUUGUGAGAGUUGGGUACUAUGAGAAUAACAAUGAUAAUGAUGGGUCGUCAUCAUCAUCGAGUGUGGAAGUGUCUGAUAGAUUUAAAGCUUCGAUGGAGAAGUUGUAUUCGGAGCUUUUGAUUGCGUUUCAGAGAUGUGGAGCUUCGGUGGGGAAUUUCGUCGAACGGUUGAAGGUCGAGAAGAGAACGACGCCGUCAAGGGCUCCUCAAGUGGCUGUGAAAAAGAAGAAGAAGAAGCAGCCUGGGAUUGCGAAGAAAGUGAUUUGGAAAUUAAAGAAGGUUUUGGGAGUCGGAAAAGGCAAAGGGCACUUUAGACAAGAGCUUAUGUCGAUGGCCCUCCCAGCAAAACCUACUUGGGCCACAACACAUAGCUGCGAGACACAAGGAGAGCUGAAUGCGUUGUCGUUCAAACGAUUCGACGUCGUUUCAGACGACUCAGACCACUGCUUCAGAAAUACCGGUCCAGAUUGCAUCAUCAAAACUGCCAGUAAGGCCCACAAGAAGAUCACGAAAGAGUGGCGAAUCCUGGAAAAACAUCUCCCAGAUUCAAUCUUCGUACGCGUGUACGAGAAUCGCAUGGAUCUUCUAAGAGCAGUAAUCGUAGGCGCCGCGGGUACACCAUACCACAAUGGACUCUACUUCUUCGACUUCUAUUUCCCACCAAAUUACCCGACCCGACCGCCCCAUGUUUACUACCACUCUCGCGGGUUAAAACUUAACCCGAAUCUGUACACUGAUGGAAGAGUCUGUUUGUCACUGCUUAACACGUGGCCUGGUAAGAGGUUCGAGGUGUGGAACCCAAAUGAGUCCACCGCGUUACAAAUCUUGGUCUCGAUCCAAGCUUUGGUUCUAAACGAAAAACCGUAUUUUAACGAACCGAGUCAUGGGAUAUUUGGUCGGGCUAUAUGGGAAAACAGGUCGAAAGCUUAUAACGAGGAUGUUUUUUUGUUGUCGUGUAAGACAAUGUUGCUUUUGCUUCGAAGGCCACCGAAGAAUUUCGAGGUUUUUGUGAGAAACCAUUUUCGAGAUCGAGCUGAUUCGAUAUUGAGAGCUUGUAUUGCUUAUAUGGAUGGGUCUGUGCGAGUUGGGUACCAUGGGAAUGACAAUGAGAAUGAUGGGUCAUCAUCAUCAUCGAGUGUGGAAGUGACUGAGAAAUUUAAAGCGUCGAUGGAGAAGUUAUAUUCGGAGCUUUUGGUUGCGUUUCAGAAGAGUGGAGCUUCAGUGGGGAAUUUCGUCGAACGGUUGAAGGUCGAGAAGAAAACGACGCCGUCAAGGUUUCAAGUGGUCGUGAAAAAGAAGAACAACAAGCCUGGGAUUUCGAAGAAAGUCUUUUCGAAAUUAAAGAAGGUUUUGACCUUUUUGGGAUUCGGAAAAGGCAAAGCGGAUGUUAGAUCAAAUGGGAUAGAGGGGGGACUUAAUUGAGAUUUUAAUUUUUUUGUUGUUGUGUAUCUGAAUAUAUAUCUGGGACUUUUA